AUGAUAUGGACUGACGACGAAGAUUCCGAUGAAGAUCAACAACAGAAUACAUAUCGAAACAAUGAUCAAAUAACACAAAGAUAUUCAAAUAAAGGAAAAAAAGACAAAUGUAAUUGUCGUCGAGAAUGUUCAAAACGUUCUUGUUGUUGUUUUAAAUUUGGUAGUGGAUGUAACACAUCGUGUGGAUGUGGCACAUCUUGUCAAAAUAUGUUUAAUUGUCUGGAUUAUUUCUUUGGUGAAGAUGGAGCAUAUAAUGGAAAUUCUUGUUUUACAAAAUGGCUUAUCAAACAUGCUAAAAAUGCAGAUGAAUUAAAAGUGAUUGAUCGGAAGAAAUUACAUCAAUCUAUCAUGCAAUCUCCAAGU